AGCACAUGUUGAUUGACAGAUAAGCAUAUAAGCUAUUGCAAAUUCUUCGCUGGCUUUGCUAAUGGCAGUCGAGCACGCUCUUGAGAUAUCUGAUGCUUCCAGCAAUGACGAUGGAAAGAUAAGAACAGGAAGUAUAUGGACAUGUAUAGCUCAUAUCAUAACAGGAGUCAUUGGCGCCGGUGUGCUUUCCUUGGCAUGGAGCACGGCACAGUUGGGAUGGAUUGGCGGGCCUUUCGCCAUGCUUUGUUUCGCCCUGGUCACCUACAUAUCUGCCUUCAUGCUUUCAGAGUGUUAUCGAUCUCCGCAUCCAGAGAAAGGAGCCAGAAACUACUCUUACAUGGAUGCAGUUAGGAAGACUUUAGGUAACAAGCAUACUUGGUUUUGUGGGUUUCUGCAAUAUCUGAGUUUGUUUGGAGUUUCUACUGCAUAUGUUAUCACUACUGCAACUUGUAUGAGGGCAAUACAGAGAUCAAAUUGCUAUCAUAAGGAAGGACAUGGUGCUCCAUGCUCAGGUGGAGAAAACUUUUUUAUGUUGAUGUUUGGCCUUGUCCAGAUUUUCUUCUCCCAGAUUCCAGAUUUUCACAAUAUGCGAUGGCUAUCCGUUGUCGCUGCAAUGAUGUCUUUCACCUACUCUUUUAUUGGAUUUGGGUUAGGCCUUGCCAAAGUGAUUGGUAAUGGAACGAUCAAAGGGGGGAUUGGAGGGGUUCAUACAGCAUCCACAGCACAGAAAGUUUGGAAAGUUUCCCAAGCUAUUGGUGACGUAGCAUUUGCUUACCCAUACUCUGUAAUUCUCAUAGAAAUACAGGAUACGGUGAAGUCCCCACCUCCUGAGAAUCAGACCAUAAAGAAAGCUUCCAUGGCUUCGAUCAUCAUCACCACUUUCUUCUACCUCUGCUGUGGAUGUUUUGGCUAUGCUGCCUUUGGCGAUGACACCCCCGGAAAUCUCUUAACUGGAUUCGGAUUCUAUGAACCAUACUGGCUAAUAGACUUCGCCAACAUUUGCAUCAUAAUUCACCUCAUAGGGGGUUAUCAGGUAUACAGCCAACCAAUCUUUGCGUUUGUGGAGCGGUGGCUAUCGAUAAAACUUCCACUGACCAGUUUGGUGAAUGAUUUCUACAACAUUCACCUUCCAUUCUUACCAUCUUUCAAGAUCAAUCUGUUCAGGAUUUUCUUUAGAACACUAUACGUGGCAUCAACCACGGGACUUGCGUUGGGCUUCCCAUACUUCAACCAGGUAUUGGCGCUGCUUGGAGCCAUUAGCUUUUGGCCACUGGCAAUCUACUUCCCUGUGGAGAUGUACUUUGUGCAGAGGAAGAUUGCACCCUGGACUUCAAAGUGGGUCGUGCUACAGGUCUUCAGCGUUGGAUGCUUGCUUGUGAGCAUCUUUGCUUUGGUUGGAUCCAUGGAAGGGCUUUUCUUUCAGAGACGGUCGUGAGCUGGGAAAAUUAUUAGGCCCGG